CGAGGGGGGAUGAAGGAGCGUGGUCCGUUCUCGUUGUGCUCGUGCUUCGUCGCCGAUUCCACGUUCCUGUUUCUGUUUCGGAGAUGGCGAAGUCGUAUCCGACGGUGAGUGAGGAGUACCAGAAGGCGGUAGAGAAGGCCAAGAGGAAGCUCCGUGGCCUCAUCGCCGAGAAGAACUGUGCCCCGUUGAUGCUCCGGCUCGCGUGGCACUCGGCGGGUACGUACGAUGUGGUGUCAAAGACGGGCGGUCCGUUCGGGACCAUGAGGUUCCCUGCGGAGCUCGCCCACGGCGCCAACAACGGGCUCAACAUCGCUGUCAGGCUCUUGGAGCCCAUCAAGGAGCAGUUCCCCAUCUUGACAUACGCUGACUUCUAUCAGCUCGCCGGAGUUGUGGCUGUCGAAGUUACCGGAGGACCGGAGAUCCCUUUCCAUCCUGGGAGGGAGGACAAGCCUGAACCUCCCGUAGAAGGUCGCCUUCCUGAUGCUACCAAGGGUUCUGAUCACCUUAGGGAUGUGUUUGGUCACAUGGGUCUCAGCGAUCAGGAUAUCGUUGCAUUAUCUGGUGGACACACACUGGGAAGGUGCCACAAGGAGCGAUCUGGUUUUGAGGGGGCUUGGACUUCCAAUCCUCUUAUUUUUGACAACUCAUACUUCAAGGAACUCCUGAGUGGAGAGAAAGAAGACCUUCUCCAGCUGCCUUCUGACAAGGCCCUUCUAACUGAUCCUGUAUUCCGCCCUCUUGUGGAGAAAUAUGCUGCCGAUGAGGAUGCCUUCUUUGCUGAUUACACUGAAGCUCACCUGAAGCUCUCAGAACUCGGAUUUGCUGAGGCUUAAAGAAUGGAUGUGUGGAUCCAGCAGGUCAUUUUGUGCAGGUUUUGAGAUGUUACUUAGGGAGUAGAAUCCUCGGAAACAUCUCACCAAUAAGAUUCCAUGCUUUUGUAUGCUAUCUUUGGUCAAGUUGAUGUUUGGUUGGUCAUUGGACUUUUUCGUAGUUAACAUGCCCAGAAAUGUACUGUAAUCAUGUUUAUCAACAGCUAGCACAAGUGGCUGUGAUGGUAUUUUUAUGAGAAUGCUUGAUGAUUAAUUUUGCUAGCUAUUACAGCCAUGGUGCUCA